UCCAUGGUGGCUGAAUGUCGCAAUUAAGCGUAAUUUGCGGCUUGACUUUUACAUAUAAAGAUAUAUAAACAACAUUAUACACACAGAUAUAUAUACACAUAUAUAAAGAAAGAUAGAUAGAUAUAUAUAUUUAUAUUUUUUCUAUUUAACUCAGUUUUCUCAGCCCAUGGAACAUUAGUGAACCGUGAGAGAGGGGUGAUAUUUUAAUUGCUGAAUGAUGCUGGCCCCCUCGAUGAAUCCACAUGAUGCUGCAGCUCAGAUGACUACAGUGAAGUCAUACAUUGCUUUAAUUGCGGACCCUACACCUGCAAUUGUUGAAAAGAAAUUAAAAGCUGCUCAAGAACUCAGUGAAAAUUUUGAGAGUAUAGUUAUUUCUCCACAGUAUCCACAAUUUUUACAAGAUGCUCUUAGAGUAUUUCUUAAGAUUCUGGAUGAAGGGGAGCCACAUUUUGUGGCUGAACAAAAUAUGCAGCAACUCCGUAAACUGUUGUUGGAAAUUAUCCACCGAAUUCCAUGCAACGAAUACCUGAAACGGUACAUUCCUCAGAUCCUUCCUUUGAUGUUUAAACUUCUAAAGGUUGAAAAUGAAGAGAAUGUUCUAGUAUGUCUCCGGAUAAUAAUGGAGCUUCAUCGCCAAUAUCGGCCACAGAUGAAUGAAGAGAUACAAGGGUUUUUGCAGUUCGUGAAGAAGAUAUAUGCUAACUUGCCCAAUUACUUGCACAAGAUAUUUGAACCUCGGCAGCAAAUAAAAGUGAAAGAUAUCACAGAGGUGAAUGUUGAUGUCUAUCUUCAGGAGAUCUUCACAGUUACCACUAUUAUGACCGACAAAAAAAAUGCUGACAAUCAAAGUGUAUCUUACAACAUAAUUCCACGAGCUGUUCUGUCCCUCAAAGUCCUCGCUGAGCUUCCAAUUAUUGUGGUUCUUAUGUACCAGAUCUAUAAACCCAGUGUUGACUAUGAUGUCUCAGAACUCAUACCUCUCAUAAUGAACACCAUCACUCUUCAGCCUCAAGCCCAGCUUCGCAAUAAUCCAGCUUUUAACAAAGAAGUGUUUGUGGACUUUAUUGGUGCCCAGAUCAAGACCCUGUCUUUUCUUGCAUAUAUCAUCAAAUCUUACCAAGAUCAAGUAUCCCAGAAUUCCCAGCAGUUGGUACAAGGACUGCUCGGUUUGUUUACACUGUGUCCGCCUGAAGUUGCUCAUUUGCGCAAGGAACUAUUGAUUGCCGCACGUCACAUACUCACCACUGAUCUACGCAACAAAUUUGUUCCCUGUAUUGAAAAAAUGUUUCAGGAGAAUGUAGUGAUCGGCAGUGGUUGGACAGCACAAGAAUCUCACAGGCCACUUGCUUAUAGCACUUUAGCUGACUUGAUUCACCACGUGCGCCAAAAUCUGCCCCUUAAUGAUCUCUCUUUGGCGGUGAAUGUUUUUGCCAAGAACGUACAUGAUGAGUCCCUGCCAAGCAGUAUACAGACGAUGUCCUGCAAACUGCUUCUCAAUCUUGUGGAAUGCAUUCGGACCAAGAGCGAUCAAGAGAGUGGCAAUGGCCGUGAAUUGUUUAUGAGAAUGUUGGAGGUUUUUGUUUUAAAAUUUAAAACAAUUACCAAAAUUCAGCUUCCACAGAUCCUCCAGAAAUGUCGACAGAGUCAGCUGAAUGCAGAGAAGUGUGCAGCAGAUAGCAAUGCCAAACCAGAUGUAAAGACUCCAGAAAUUACAACAGUUGAUGUAAAACCAAUUCUUCUGGAAAUGAAAGAAAAAGAGGAGAAGACUGCUCGGUUUGGGGUGUCCGCAACUCCGUACACAACAUAUUCUGUGGCGGACUGCCGAAGUCUUGUGAAGACGUUAGUGUGUGGCGUAAAGACUAUAACCUGGGGUUUAAUAGCAUGUAAAGGAGGACCAGAUUUAAACAAACAGUUCCUGCCUAAAGAGAUCUUGGUUUUCAUCCGCCUUGUGCGUUAUGCAUUGCAGGCUCUGGAUAUUUAUACAGUGAAUCUCUCGUCUACAGGACAGGCCAUGGUCAGACCGGCUGUAGGUCAAAGUGUCAGGACAAAAGAAGAGAAAGAAGUACUUGAACACUUUGCUGGUGUGUUUACAAUGAUGAAUCCACAGACAUUCAAAGAAAUCUUUUCUAUCACAAUAGAGUACAUGGUUGACCGUAUCCAUAACAAUUAUGCACUCCAGAUCAUAGCCAACAGUUUCUUGGCUAAUAACACCACCUCAGCAACAUUUGCUACCAUUUUGGUGGAAUUCCUGCUUGCUAGAAUGGAAGAAAUGGGAUCUUCAAAUACUGAAAGAUCAAAUUUGUAUCUGAAAUUAUUUAAAUUGGUGUUUGGAUCAGUAUCUUUGUUUGCGGCUGAAAAUGAGCAAAUGCUGAAGCCUCACCUACAUACCAUCGUCAACCGUUCCAUGUCAUUGGCGAUGACUGCAAAAGAACCAUACAACUAUUUCCUCCUGUUACGGACUCUGUUCCGCUCUAUUGGAGGAGGAAGUCAUGACAUGCUUUAUCAAGAGUUUCUGCCAUUAUUGCCAAAUUUGCUCCAAGGUUUGAACAGUCUCCAAAGUGGCUUACAUAAACAGCAUAUCAAAGACUUGUUUGUUGAGCUGUGCCUAACAGUACCUGUACGACUCAGUUCCUUAUUGCCAUAUCUACCCAUGCUCAUGGAUCCUUUAGUAUCAGCUUUAAAUGGAUCACAGACCUUAGUUAGUCAGGGUCUUCGUACAUUGGAGUUGUGUGUUGACAACUUACAGCCAGAAUUUCUAUAUGAACAUAUUCAACCAGUCCGUGCUGAAUUGAUGCAGGCAUUGUGGCGUACUUUAAGAAAUCCAUCAGACAGCAUUGCUCUUGUUGCCUUCCGCCUUCUGGGAAAGUUUGGUGGAGGUAACCGAAAAAUGGUUAGAGAGCCUCAGCAACUCAACUAUAAUGAAAAAGAAACAGUUGGUCCCUGUGUUGUACUUCAGUUCCAAGAUUGUAAGAUUCCUAUUAAUUUACCAGUAGAGAAAGCCAUUGACACUGCUUUGUCCAACCUGAAGUGUAGUACAACAAAUGCUUUUGUAUUGCGACAGUCUUGGGAACUGAUUCGCUGUUUCUUGGUAUCAGCCAUGAGUCUAGAUGACAGCCGCCAAUCUCUUCAGCAUCUCUUCGCACACAACAGCUUCACAGAAAAGGAGAUCCCUGUUCAUUCUGGACCCCUAUACAAAAAUCCUGAUGCCAACCUACGCAAGGUUCAUGAACAAGCUCUUACAGGAAUGUUUGUGGCUGCUGCUAUCAAAGAACUCCGUAAUCCUGUUCUUUCAUUUAUGGGAUGCAUGGUUCGGCACUACACAAUGGUUGCUAUUUCUCAUCAAUGUGGUCCAUUCCCAGUUGGGGAGAAGCAGAACAAACUGCAAGGAAUCGAUACUCAGAUAUUGGUUGAUGCUAUAGCUGCUGUGAUGGGACAUGAAGAGAAGGAACUCUGCAAACCAGGAACUGUUGCCUUGAUGCUCAUUCUAAAUACUGCCACAAUCAUUUUGGGCUCACAAGAACGUGCUUGCCAGCUGCCAUUUUUUGAGUAUUUGGUAGAACGUCUCUGUGCCCUAUGUUAUGACCGAGCUUGGUAUGCUAAGUAUGGCGGGUGUCAAGCGAUUAAAGUCCUCUAUGAACAUAUGCCAAAGAAGUGGGUUCUACAACAUCAAUUUGUAUUUCUGAAAGCUUUACUUUUUGUCAUGUUGGACCUUACUGGUGAGGUAUCAAGUGGGGCAAUAGACUUGGCCAAAAAUAACAUGAAGAAUAUGUUGAUUCUUUGUGCCAAAGAGAUUCCAGAUGCAACAAAUGAUCUCCUUGCAGUUCAGAAACAGUCUUUCCACGAUGUCACCUUGGAGCUUGUACGGCAGGUGACCUCUUCAAAUACCUUGAUAAGAGAGCAGGCAAUGAAUGCUUUAGAAGUAUUGGCGGAGACAACCGGCAAAACAGUUACCGACAUAAUGGAGCCGCACAAAGAGGUUAUGCAGGAUAUGAUCCCCCCCAAGAAGCAUCUUCUGCACCAUCAGCCAGCGCAUGUUCAGAUUGGAUUGAUGGAAGGGAGCACGUUCUGUACAACUCUACAGCCGAGACUUUUUACCAUAGAUCUCUUGAAAAUGGAACACAAGGUCUUUUUUGCUGAGCUCUUGAAUCUUUCAAAUGCUGAAGAUUCUGCUCUGAUGAAGAUGGCCUGUUACAAGAAUAUCUCCAACUUAGUUCCACUCCGCAAGAGUACUUUACGAGCCUUAGCUGCGUGCCAUUAUAUCCAACCGAGUCGAGAAAAAAUCUUCCACUUGCUUUACAAAGCAUUAGACAGCAGCAAUACAGAACUGCAACAGGCAGCUCAUGAGUGUAUGAGAAAGUUUAUCUCUGGCUUCAACAUUGAUAUGGAAAUGGUUCACGGCGACAUGCGACCCCUUCUCGGCUUGCUCGGUGACUACCGCAACCUCAACUUAAAUGUGAUACAGCGUCUUACUAGCCUCACCCAACUGUUCCCACACACCUUUAAAGAGAAACUUCUUGAACAAUUAUUGACACAUCUGAAGAAAUUCAUGGAAGUGGCGAUCUCAAACCAAAAAAGUGGUCAACAACGAAAUAAUGGUCAAGUCUUGUCUCAGGAAUUGAAAAUUUGUGCUGCCAUUAUCAACAUCUUCCACUUAGUGCCAACUGCAACCCAGAAGAUUAUUGAACCCCUAACGAGACUAAUUUUCCAAACAGAAAAGGCCCUAUUUAUGGAGGCUGGCAGUCCAUUUAGAGAACCCCUCUUGAAGUUCCUACUUCGUUUCCCAGGACCAACUGUAGAAUUGUUCCUCAAUGACAACACAAUUAUUGACCAACAAUGGACGAGAUAUUUAGAGUUUAUUGUGAAACAUAAAGAUGCUCAAGUGAUCCGAGAUGUAAUCAUGGCCAACCCAAUGAGACUCGUCAACAUGGCUCUCAAGAACAUUCAGAAUGCACAAGAUACACAACAUGCACAAGAUAUCAAAGCAGAAAUGCAAUUCCAGGCAAUAAGGUUGAUUAGUCUUUUAGUAGAAAUGAAUGAAACAUGGUUGUCAGACCAAGUCUUAGCUGUGGCCAAGUUAAGAAUGAUUUGGACAUCAGAUAGUUUUCAGGAAAAACAUAAAAAAAUUGACAAUUUGGACUACAUUCACUGGCAAGAACCAGCUCUCUUAGUUCGAUGUCUUCUAACAUAUUUCAAACAUCACACCAAGGAAAUUGACCUCCUCUUCCAGAUAUUAAGAUGCUUCAUCAACCGGUACAUUCCACAGUUUCAGUUUGUAAAGGACUUUCUAGAUGAUGUUGUUGCUGCGACAUAUCCUGUAGAAUGGAAGCGAGAUGCUUUUUUUAAGUUUGUCGAUGUCUUCCAUUUGAAGAACUGCCCCCAAGAAUUGAAAGCCAAGAUCCUGCAGUACAUUAUCAUUCCCUGUUUCCAACACGCCUUCGAACACGGUGAAGAUGAGGCCCUGAUAGGGGGACCUCCCAGCCCGGAUCAAGAUAACUCUGAUAAUGUUAUCAGUGUUUUCAUUAACCGUGUCAUUGAUCCAGAGAAUCCAUUUGGCACCUCCGAUGCUGUCAGAAUCCUUCUGCUCCAGUUUUCCUCACUACUUGUUGAACAAGCUUCUCCACACAUCCAUGAUGCUGCUAAUAAGAAACAGGGCAAUAAGUUACGGCGCCUUAUGACAUUUGCAUGGCCUUCAUUGUUGCCCCGCAACUGUGUUGACCCAGCCAACAAAUACCAUGGACACUUGCUGUUAGCCCAUAUCAUAGCCAAAUUUGCCAUUCAUAAAAGAAUUGUCUUGCAAGUGUUUCACAGUCUCCUGAAAGCACAUGCAGUGGAAGCUCGAGCUGUAGUUCGGCAAGCUCUUGAGAUUUUAACACCAGCUUUCCCAGGAAGAAUGGAGGAUGGCAAUGGAAUGUUAGCACACUGGACCAAGAAAAUCAUUGUCGAAGAAGGCCAUGCAGUUCCUCAACUUGUCCAUUUGCUACAACUUGUGGUACGUCAUUACAAAGUCUACUACCCCGUACGUCACCAUUUAAUUCAGCAUAUGGUCAGUUCCUUACAGCGACUUGGCUUCACACAAAAUCACUCAUUUGAACACAAGAAGUUGGCUGUGGAGUUAUCUGAAGUAAUAAUUAAAUGGGAAAUGCAAAGAAUCAAAGAUGACCAACAACUACCAUCAGAGAGUCUGCGUAAUCAAACCGAUGUGAAUAAACCGAUUGAUAAGCAAUACUGUGAUUCUGUCGUUAACUUCCUUCUACGAAUAGCUUGCCAGGUGACAGAAUCUACAACUGCCUUGGCCACUCAAGGAGAAGCCCUCUCAAGACGAUGUAUCAACUUACUGAAAACUGUCAUGAACAAAGAUGUAUGGCCCAACAUUGAACUAAAACUUGCCUGGUUUGACAAAUUACUGAUGACCGUUGAAAACCAGUCUGGCAUCACCAAUAUCUGUACAGCAUUAGAAUUGUUGACCUUCCUGUUAGGGAUUAUGAAAAAAGACAACAUCCUUGCUAGUUUUAAACCUCUACAACGAGGGAUCGCUGCCUGUCUGACAUGUCCAAACCCCAAGGUAAUCCGUGCCGUACACUCCUUGCUGUCUCGUCUAAUGAGUAUCUUCCCUACAGAACCAACCAAUGCCCCAGUACCUUCCAAAUACGAGGAGCUCGAGUGUCUGUAUGCAUGCGUCAGUAAAGUCGUCUAUGAUGGACUCAACAAUUACGAAAAGUCAACUGGGAACUCUAACAACAUACUGUUUCCAACCUUGAUGAUUCUGAAGGCUGCAUGCAUGCAUAACCCUUGCUAUAUAGACCGACUGAUUGCCUUAUUUAUGAAAGUACUACAAAAAAUGGCUCGUGAACACCUGACAGCUAACAAUGAGCAGAAUCCAGCUGCCAGUGAAUUACUCAUCCUCAGUCUAGAUUUGGUCAAGAACAGAGUCGGGGUUCUCAGUAUUGAAAUGCGUAAGAGUUUCAUUGGCAACAUCUUGGUAUGUCUCAUAGAAAAGACUUCAGACCCGAAAGUGGUAAAAGCAAUAACUAAAAUGGUUGAAGACUGGGUUAAAACAAAGACACCCAUUGCUAUCAACCAGUCUCCAUCAAUACGAGAAAAGGCCAUUCUCUUGUGCAAGCUGAUGGUUCAUGUUGAGCGCAGAUUUCCUGAAGAUGUCGAACUAAAUGCACAAUUCCUGGAAUUGGUUAACCACAUCUACAGAGAUGAGAGUUUGGCUGGCAGUGAACUCACCUCUAAGCUAGAACAAGCCUUCCUUGCAGGCCUCAGAUGCAACCAGCAUAAUAUUAGACAGAAAUUUGUUGAGGUAUUUGAUAAAAGUAUGAGAAGACGUAUAUUUGAUCGUCUCUUGUAUAUCAGCUGCUCUCAGAACUGGGAGCACAUGCAAGGCCACUAUUGGAUCAAACAAUGUAUUGAGCUACUCUUGGCUGUAGCUGUCCCUAACCAACCCAUUCAAAGUUUAUCUCCAAUGAGCCUUCUACCAUCAAUAUGUUCAGUAAUCAACAUGGCUGACAGCCAGGAACGAGCUGCUUUCUCAACAAUUCUCAAAAUGAAAGAAGAAACUGUUGAUAUGGACGUUGUUGAUGGCAACAAAGACGAGGAGGAGAUUGAUAUGGCAUUGAAUUCUGUGCCAAGUGAAGAAUCCAUUCCAAAAGAUCAUCAAAGACGAGACAAUCAAGAAAUGAAACAAAACCUUCCAGCACUUUUACAGCGUCAGUCCUUAUUUCUAGAGCAGUUGAGAGAAGUCAAAACGACAACAUUCCUGAAUGCUCUGUCCCAGCUGUGUCACAACUCCACCUCUCUGGCUCAUUCCAUCUGGAUGGACCUCUUCCCACGUAUAUGGAAGAUUUUAUCAGAAAAACAACAGCAGGUAUUGGCAGGUGAACUUGCUCCAUUCUCAGCCAGUGGAAGCCAUGUUGUCCAGAAAGAUUGCCAACCUAGUGCAAUGCACACCUUCCUCGAGUCUCUGUCUUUGUGUGUGCCUCCAAUUCCUAUUCGCCCUGUGGUGUUGAGGUAUAUGGGCCGAACUCAUAACCUCUGGCACCGAGCCUGUCUUGUGUUGGAACAAAUGGCAUCGGAAAAUGGUCCAACAACAACAGCAGUUUUGAAGAAUCGACCUGCUAGCGAAUAUGAAUUUGAGACUGUCACAAAUCCACACCAGGAGACCCUAGAUGCACUCUGUGAUCUUUACUCCCUACUACACGAGGACGACAUGUGGACAGGAUUGUGGCAGAAACGAUGCAAAUAUCCAGAUACAGCUGUAGCCAUUGCUUAUGAACAACAUGGAUUUUUUGAACAGGCACAGCUCGUUUAUGAAUCAGUGAUGUCAAAGGCUCGUGCUGAGCAUAAUACUACUCCUGCCUCCCCUGCGGUACUCCCAGAGUAUCGCUUGUGGGAAGAUCAUUGGAUCCGUUGUGCCAAAGAGCUGAACCAAUGGGAUGCAAUACAAGAUUUCUCAAGUUCUAAAGGAAAUACCAAUCCCCAUUUGGUAUUAGAGAGUGCUUGGAGAAUUCCGAACUGGACUCUUAUGAAAGAUGCUCUUGCACAGGUGGAGAUAAACUGUCCUAAGGAGCUUGCAUGGAAGAUGAAUCUCUACAAAGGAUACAUCACCAUUUGCCACCCUGAUGAACACACAGGAAAUUUUAUGAAUACUAUUGAGAAAAUGGUUGAAGUUGCCAGUAAUUUGGCAAUAAAGGAAUGGCGGCGACUCCCUAGGAUUGUUUCAAAUGUUCACGUACCUCUGCUACAGGCUGCCCAGCAAAUAAUGGAAUUACAAGAGGCUGCUCAAAUUAACCAAGGUCUCCAGCCAGCCAACAUCAAUCGCAGCUCAUCUUUACAUGAUCUGAAAGCUAUUGUGAAAACUUGGAGGAAUCGUCUACCAAUGAUUUCAGACAAUAUGUCACAUUGGAGUGACAUCUUUACCUGGAGGCAGCACCAUUACCAGUUCAUCAUAACCAACCAUGACACGCACACCCAGCAAGAACAACACAGUAACCAUUCCAUGCUGGGGGUCCAUCAUUCUGCUCUUGCUAUCAUCCAUUUUGGUAAGAUCGCCCGCAAACAUAAUUUAACCAGCGUUUGUAUAGACUCAUUAAAUAGGAUCCACACAAUCCCGACAGUGCCCAUUGUGGACUGUUUCCAGAAGAUACGACAGCAAAUCAAGUGCUAUCUCCAAAUGGCUAGUACGAUGAGUCGUUCAGAACUCCAAGAAUUGUGUUUGCAAGGUUUGGACAUAAUUGAGAUAACAAAUCUGAAAUACUUUACCAAAGAAAUGACUGCUGAGCUUUACGUCCUCAAAGGAAUGUUCCUGGCACAGCUCAACCGUUCCGAUGAUGCCAACAAGGCAUUCUCAGCAGCAGUUCAGAUGUCCGACACUUUAGUGAAAGCUUGGGCUCAGUGGGGUGACUAUCUAGACGCUGUCUUUACACGUGAUAAACAAAUUCAACAAGGUGUUUGGGCUAUAACAUGUUACCUGCACGCCUGUCGACACCAGAAUGAAAGCAGAUCUCGCAAGUACCUUGCCAAAGUCCUCUGGCUUCUCACAUAUGAUGAUGAAAAAGCAACAUUGACCGAGGCAGUAGAUAAAUACUCGAAUGGUGUUCCUGCAGUGCAGUGGUUGCCGUGGAUUCCCCAAUUGCUGACAUGUUUGGUAAGAAGUGAAGGCCGCUUGAUCUUAAAUUUAUUAACCCAGGUGGGUAGGAUGUACCCACAAGCUGUCUAUUUCCCUAUUAGAACCCUCUACCUCACUCUGAAGAUUGAACAGCGGGAGAGAUACAAAACUAACGAGGCAGCUAAUGCUACCACAGCCAGUCGCAGCAGUAGUAGCAGUCCUUUGGUUACUAUGACCCCUAAUGUUGCAAAUGCUGCUGCUACUGGAGGUACAAAUUCAGCAGCAUCCACUCCUCUAUCUCAAGUGACCAGUCCAAACACUCCUCGGACACCAGCCACUCCAGAUUCAGAUUUUAUCUCAUCCGGCCAACAGCAGGCCAGUGUUUCUCCUGCUGGACAACAGUUGGCUCAAGUGCAACAGCAAGCACAGCCAGCAGCAGCAGCAGCAACGGCAACUGCAACAGCAGCUACAGGCCAGCAAGGGGAGAGUGGUCCAAUCCGAGCCACUGCCUCCAUGUGGCGCUGCAGCAAAAUAAUGCAUAUGCAGAGAGAGAUCCAUCCGACAAUCCUUUCAUCACUCGAGGGAAUUGUUGACCAAAUGGUCUGGUUUCGUGAAAAUUGGUACGAAGAAGUUUUACGGCAGUUACACCAAGGUUUGGCUAAAUGUAAUGCUGUAGCUUUUGAAAACAGAGGGGCUGUUGCCGAGACCACAAUAACCCCGCACACGCUGAACUUUGUGAAGAAAUUGGUGAGCACUUUUGGUGUCGGCAUUGAAAAUGUCUCCAACGCUGUCCAGACAUUCUCCAGUGCUGCAUCUGAGUCGCUGGCUAAACGAGCCCAGGCAACUGCCAGAGACCCUGUUUUCCAGAAAGUGAAAAGUCAGUUUUCUACAGACUUCGACUUCAGUGUGCCAGGUUCAACAAAACUACACAACCUCAUCAAUAAAAUGAAGAAAUGGAUCAAAAUACUUGAGGCCAAAACACGCACACUACCAAAAUCUUUCCUUAUUGAAGAAAAGUGUCGCUUCCUUAGUAAUUUCUCCAUCAACAAUGUUGAAGUUGAACUGCCAGGCGAGUUUCUGCUUCCAAAGUCUGGACACUAUUAUGUAAGAAUUGCUCGAUUCAUGCCAAGAGUAGAAAUAGUUAAGAAACACAACACUGCCGCCAGAAGGUUGUAUAUAAGGGGACACAAUGGCAAGAUUUAUCCCUAUCUUGUCAUCAACGAUGGCUGCCUCACUGAAUCUUGUCGUGAAGAAAGGGUCCUACAACUAUUAAGGAUGCUGAAUUUAUUCCUCACAAAACAAAAGGAAACAAGCCGAAGAUUGUUGUAUUUCACUGUUCCCAGAGUGGUAUCCUUCUCGCCUCAGAUGCGCCUUGUUGAAGACAAUCCUGCUUCAAUCUCUCUACAGGACAUCUUUAAACAGCGCUGUCUGAAACGAGGAAUUGAGCAUGACGCCCCUAUUGCCCGCUACUAUGAACGCCUGGCUACUGUGCAAGCCCGCGGCUCCCAGGCUAGCCACCAGGUUCUCAGAGAUAUAUUAAAGGACGUACAGACCAAUAUGGUACCACGGGGACUGUUGAAAGAAUGGGUUCUGCACACGUUUCCUGAUGCCACAGACUAUUGGACAUUCCGAAAAACUAUAACUAUCCAGCUGGCACUGAUGGCUUUUGCAGAGUUCAUACUUCACCUCACUCGCAUGAAUCCAGACAUGAUGUAUCUUCAUCAGGACUGUGGUUUCCUUAAUAUUGCUUAUUUCAAGUUUGAUCUUGACGAUCAAUCUGGAGAACUUGAUGCCAACCGUCCUGUCCCCUUCCGACUGACCCCAAAUAUUGCUGAAUUUCUUACAUCGACCGGAGUGACAGGUCCCUUAACUGCUUCAAUGGUCUCAGCAGCACGCUGCUUUGUCCAUCCUCAAUACAAGGUUCCCAGUUUCCUGCGAGCAAUUCUCCGAGAUGAAUACAUUACAUGGCACAAGAAGAAACAAGAGGAAACUAACCCAUGUACCCAGCCACCUGCAAUGGAGGGAGAACUUUUAAUCAGCUUGGUUAAUAAGGCAGUGUCGGCCAUUACAACUCGUCUCAACAAUCUGGCCACAUUUGAAGGUGCUGAAAGUAAAGUGAGUACAUUGGUAGCUGCUGCCAAUAGCCAUGACAACUUGUGUCGUAUGGACCCAGCCUGGCACCCCUGGUUGUGAGCAAUCCCAAUUCAAAACCAUUAUAUUAUCAAAGUUUUUCCCCCUCGCUUAUAUUAUCAACUCUCUCAUCCACCACCAUCACCACUGCCAUUGUUACCACCACUGACCACAUCAUUGCCAUCUUCCGUAAUUUCUUUUAACUAUUCAUUAAAGAAUAUUCUGUGUUUGUGCGUGUGUGUGUGUGUAUAUAUAUAUAUAUUAUAUAUAUAUAUAUAUAUAUAUGCAUGCAUAUGCAUGUACACACAUUAAACAUUCAUCACUGCUUUUGCCAUCGUGAGAAAGACUACUCUGAAUAUAAGGUGUCAUAUAUAAUAAUAUGUGUGUGUAUACUCACACACACACAGAUACACAUUCAC